AUGUUCAAAUUGUUUGCUGUCUGUUUCUUGGCUCUCUUCGCUGUUGCCUUCGGUGCUGCUAAGCCCGGUCUCUUGGCUGCUCCAUUGGCUUACUCCGCUCCUUUAGCUGCUGCCUAUGCCGCUCCAGUCGCCGCUGCUUACUCAGCACCCCUCGCCUACACCGCAGGAUAUGCUGGUUACGUUGCUCCCUAUGCCAGCAGCUACUCAGCUCACUCGAUUGCCCACUCCGCCGCUUUCCCAGCUGCCUAUGCUGCUGCUCCAGUAGUCGCCGCGCCAGCACCAGUUCUUGCUGCUGCCCCAGCUGUUGCUGUGUUGAAGAAAUAG